GUGGUAUCAUGAUAACCUUACUCGACAUGCCGCAGAAGCGCUGCUGCUUUCCAACGGGCAGGAUGGAAGCUAUCUCUUGAGGAAGAGUAAUGAAAGAGAAGAUUUGUACUCCCUCUCUGUCAGGGGAAAAGAUUCUGUGAAACACUUCCACAUUGAACAUACAGGAACUUCAUUCAAAUUUGGAUUCAAUGAAUUUUCUAGCUUGAAGGAAUUAGUCUUGCAUUUUGCAAAUCAGCCUUUAAUUGGAAGCGAAACAGGGACCUUAAUUGUAUUGAAGCAUCCCUACCCACGGAAAGUGGAAGAACCUUCCAUUUACGAGUCUGUCCGAGUUCACACGGCGAUGCAGACAGGAAGGACAGAGAGUGAUCUUGUUCCAAAUGCUCCCUCA